ACCAAAUGUGAUCACAUGACUCCAUGUCACCUGAUUCUCCGUGUUCACUCUGUGUUGUGUAGUCGGAAGCUAAACUAGCUGUUAUGAUAGCGUGAAUGGUUGAAGUUUUACAUAUUCCUAUGUUUACUGCAGCGUAAGACACUAUAUUCCACAUCAUGCUUCUCAAAUUAGACGCAUGCGUAAGUUAGAGAGUUACGUUUGUGUGCCCUCAACGGGUGGAAGUUGUGAUAGCUAGCUAACGUUAGCUGUUUAGCCAUGUCGUCUUAGGAUUGUUUCUUCGCCAGUCUCUUUAUCUGUAGAGAAUUCAUUUACAGGUAGUCAAAUAAGGUGCAGUAAGGUACAUUUAACCAUGGCUUCAAUUCUUGAUGAGUACGAGGACUCGCAAAACACCAGGCAAAGUGCGCAGCAGCACAGCCGCUUGUCAACUGCCAACAUCGGGAUAACCCAUUCAGGCUUUGUGAAUGUGAGACUUGAGGAAGAGAAGCCGAUAUUCAACAAGCAGAGGAUCGAUUUUACACCGCCUGAGAAGAUUAACCAUCUUGCAGUCUGCAACAAUCAGCUAUGCAUGAGUCUGGGAAAGGACACCCUGCUGAGGAUUGACUUGGCCAAGCCAGAUCAACCUAAUCAGAUUGAAUUAGGAAGGAAAGAUGAAAGUAAAGUGCACAGACUGUUCCUGGACCCCACUGGCUCCCAUCUGCUGAUCAGCCUGAGCACCAGCGAGUGUCUGUACCUCAACAGGAACACGCAGAAGGUGCGCAGUCUGUCCCGCUGGAGAGGCCACCUCCUUGAGAGCGUAGGCUGGAACAAGCUGCUGGGCAAUGAGACCAACACAGGACCCAUCCUGGUUGGCACAAGUCAAGGCAUCAUAUUUGAGGCUGAGAUCUCUGCAACUGAGGGCAGCCUGUUCAACACCAAUCCAGAUCAAUACUUCAGACAGGUCCACUCCCUGGAGGAGGAUGGGAAGCCUGCACCAGUCUGCUGCCUGGAGGUGGAGCGGGGCCUGGAGAACAAGUACUUCAUCAUCGCCACCACCCGCAAACGCCUGUUCCAGUUUGUGGGUAAGGUGGCCGAGGGGUCAGAGCAGCAAGGCUUCAGCUCCAUCUUCAGCCAGAAUCAGGACCUACUGCCCAGUUUCCAGGAGUUCCCAGCCAACAUGGGGUACAGCGAGAUCACCUUCUACACCUCGAAGCUUCGCACCUCCCCUAAGGCGUUCGCCUGGAUGAUGGGUAAUGGAGUUCUUUAUGGUCAGCUGGACUAUGUCAGGCCUGAUUCCCUGCUGAGUGAUGUGCAGGUAUGGGAGUACACCCAGGAAAUUGACCUUUGUGUCAACAAGCCCAUCUCCAUUGUGUUGACACAGUUCCACUUCCUGCUGCUGCUCCAUGACCGAGUUAAAGCCAUCUGCACUCUGAAUGGACAGGUGGUAUAUGAGGAUGUGUUCCCAGAUAAGUUUGGCACCCUUAAGAAGAUGAUCAAGGACCCAGUUGGUGGGUUGGUGUGGAUCUACACUGAGCGGGCAGUUUUCCGGUACCACGUCCAGCGCGAGGCCAGGGACGUCUGGCAGAUGUACAUGAGCAUGAAUAAAUUUGAUCUGGCCAAGGAGUACUGCCGUGACCGGCCUGAGUGCAUGGACAUGGUGCUGGCCAAAGAGGCUGAGCACUGCUUCCAGAACAAGCGUUACCUUGAGAGUGCCAAGUGCUAUGCGCUGACACAGAACUACUUUGAAGAGAUAGCACUCAAGUUCAUCGAAGCCAAACAAGAGGAAGCCCUGAAGGAGUUCUUACUGAAGAAACUAAAUAAUUUGAAACAGAGCGAGAGAACGCAGAUCACCUUACUGGUCACCUGGCUAGCCGAGCUCUACCUGAACCGGCUUGGCCAGCUGGAGAGUGAUGGAAACAGUAUCAUCUUUCAGGAGACCCGUGAUGAGUUUCGCAACUUCCUCAGCAACUCCAAGCACAAGGAGUGCCUGUACAACAACCGCAGCACCAUCUACGACCUGUUGGCCAGCCACGGCAAUGUGGAUGACAUGGUUUACUUCUCAGUUGUCAUGCAAGACUAUGAGAGAGUGAUAUCUCACUACUGCCAACAUGACGACUACAGUGCUGCUCUGGAUGUGCUCUCGAAGCACUGUGAUCAGAAGCUUUUUUACAAGUUCUCCCCUGUCCUCAUGCAGCAUAUUCCCAAAAAAGUGGUAGCUGCGUGGAUUCAGAUGGGCAAGCGGCUGGACCCAAAGAAGCUCAUCCCAGCUCUGAUGAACUACAGCCAGAUGGGCAGCACCCAGCAGAUCAGUGAAACCAUCCGCUACAUGGAGUUCUGUGUGUACGAGCUGACCGUGACCGAGGAGGCCAUCCAUAACUACCUGCUGUCGCUCUAUGCCAAGUAUAAGCCGGACUCUCUGCUGUGGUAUCUGGAGCAGGCAGGUACACACGCCUCAGAGAUCCACUAUGACUUGAAGUACGCCCUCAGACUGUGUGCAGAACAUGGCUACCUCCGGGCCUGUGUCCUGGUUUACAGGAUUAUGGAACUUUAUGAGGAGGCAGUGGAUCUUGCUUUACAAGUGGAUGUAGACUUGGCCAAGUCAUGUGCAGAUCUGCCUGAAGAUGACGAGGAGCUGAGGAAAAAGCUUUGGCUGAAGAUCGCCCGGCAUGUGGUGCAGGAGGAGAAAGACGUGAAGAAAGCCAUGAACUGUCUGUCCAGCUGCAACCUGCUCAAGAUUGAAGACAUCCUGCCCUUCUUCCCAGACUUUGUCACCAUUGACCACUUUAAGGAGGCCAUCUGCAGCUCCCUGGAGGAGUACAACCAGCACAUCGAGGAGCUGAAACAGGAAAUGGAGGAGGCCACAGAGAGUGCUAAACGCAUCAGAGAAGACAUCCAGGAAAUGAGGAACAAAUAUGGUGUAGUGGAUUCUCAAGAAAAGUGUGCUGCUUGUGACUUCCCAUUGCUCAACAGGCCCUUCUAUCUGUUCCUAUGUGGACACAUGUUCCACUAUGACUGCCUGUUCCAGGAAGUGACCCCUCACCUGACGGCCUAUAAGCAGAGUCGUUUGGAGGAGCUGCAGAAAAAGCUGGCUGCAACCACGCAAUCCUCCAAGUCACGCCACCGCCCGGUUACCAAGGACGAAGGAGACACUUCCAGCCUGGGAAAGGGUAAUACGGGCACAAGCCGUGAGCAGAUAAAAUCCGACAUCGAUGACAUUAUUGCGUCUGAAUGCGUGUACUGUGGCGACCUGAUGAUCAAGUCCAUCGACAAGCCUUUCAUUGAUCAACAGAAAUUUGAGGAGGAGAAAUCCAGCUGGCUAUGAAUGAGGCCUCCUCUUCUCUCAUUGUGAAAAGACAUGACAGCCCACCAUCUAUAUGUCAAUGAAACUGCACCAUCCGUAGGACUGGCCCAUUCAGUGGAUACAGACAUUCACCUGAUUGCCUGUUGGUAGUGCCUACUGCUGAAAACUGCAUCAGCUUCAGUUGUUCUCUACAGAAUACACUUAUUUUGUUGGCAAUAUUUGAAGCUGAUUUAAAGACCUUUGCACUUUGUAUGGGAGCGUGUAGUAAAAAGUGGACAUUGUGGGUAAUGAUACAAGAUGAUGUGGUGAUGUAAAAUAUUGCCAGGGCUGUACAGUGCAUACAAUGUGCCUGAUCCUCUGAUUAUAAUGGUAGAAAAUGAUUCAAAAGCUAGAAUCAGAUAUAACUGCCCUAUACAUAUAUUAACUACAUUAAGUCUUGCACUUGUUUUGUCUAUUGGAAACAUAACCUGCACUUAGACAAUAUCUGUGAUUCUUUAGCUCAGUUCAGCCACUCCUGCUCUACAGCUCUGUGUUCAUCUAACAGUUAAUGUGGGGCAGAUUAACAAACUGUUAUUUCAUGUAUUCACUGUUUUGCAAUUCAGUUGUGGCACAUUAAAGCUUGUCAGUACUGAUGGA